AUGGCAGAAGAACGCGACCGCGAAGAUACCUCCGACACCCUCGACGACGAAACAUGGUUUCGCCUCCGCGACGCCGCAAUCGCCGAACUCAGGGAGCAGAACCUGCGCGGCUUCCUCCAUAGGGUCAAGAGGGCAAGGAGCCAGGCAAGGAAGAAGCAACGCCGGUCGACAACCUCGCCACGACGCAAGACCAGCCCGGACUGGACGUACCGCACCCGCUUCUCCCGCUCCCGGGACCUGUACAGGUUUCGUCCGGCUCAUAUCGAGCUUGACGACUUCGUGGAGAGGACGCUGGGGGGGUUCUCUGAUAAGAUGCGCAACGACCCGGCGACGUUUGUCAUCAAGCAAGGGGAUUUCGGCUUUGUCGCCUUCCGGGGACCGGACGGCACGAUGACGCUUGCUGCGACAUGUGACGCUUGCUGCGUUCUAGGCGUGGCUUCAGGCAUUUAA